CUCAAGUGCCAUAAACACAGUCAAAAAACCUUCAGUUAGUUCCGCAGACCCCCAAGACACCUAUAUCGUCUGCUGAUUUAUAAAAUUUAUAUAAGGAACACCUCUAUAAAGCAAUCAUGCCGUCCAACAUUCGAAUCCUCACUUGGAGCUCAUUGUUCUCUUUUACCCUUGCUCAAACAGCAACUAUCCAGUUUUUCAAUCAAGAUACUGCUUGUGCAUCAGGACUCUUUGCUGAAUGUACCGGUCUCCCUCCCGGUGACUGCUGUUUUAUAGAAGGUCUCGCCACCUGCGCGAAUUUUCAAACAAACAAUGGUGUGAAUGGCCUCGCGGCCAUUUUCGUGAAUAGUAAUCAAAACGCAUGCGGUAUUGUUCUUGAACUGUUGGAGAGUGGUGUAUGUGCUUGCCCGAAUGGAGAUCCUAUUAUAUCAGCUGGAAACUGGCAAUUGGGAGAGGGCGUUGUUAGUGAGAAUAAUGCCUGUAACCCAGUGAGUCCUGAUAUUCUUGGGUGGAAGGAGAAUGGAGCAACAUGGGUAUUGCAUCAGAAGGACAAUACUGCGGUCUUCGACCAAGUUACCGAGGCUAUAGGUAAUAAGUCCGCCGACCAAGACAAAAUUGGCAAUUUGAUUAAAGAGCAUGGAAUGGAAAUUUAAGUGGCCAUUAUAAAAUCUUACAACUUAGUAUUAUGGAGAGCUGUAGUCUUUUUACGCUGUGUUCUUACACUUUGGCUUGCUUGAAUAAAUACUACAAAGUGGAGAUUCCCUUGGCUCAUUAAUACAUUUCUCUAGAAUCCAA